AUGAGGACUACCACAUCAGGCAGGAACAAUGGUAUACAGUGGACACUCCUGACGCAACCCUACGAUCUAGACUUUGCCGAUGACAUGGCUUUCCUUUUGCACAACCACAGACAGAUGCAGGACAAAACAACUCACCUUGUAACAUCAUCAGCAGGAACGGGACUCAAGAUCAAUUUGAAGAAAACAGAAUUGAUGAAAAUCAACACCACUGUCCAAUUACCAGUCACAGUAAAGGUGAGGAAGUGGGGCUGGAUUGGACACACCCUAAGGAAGCCACCUUCCAGCACCACACGCCAGGCCCUGACCUGGAACCCACAGGGCAAGAGAAAGAGGGGACGUCCAAGAAACACCUGGAGGCGUGACUCAGAGGCAGAACUAAAAGCGCAGGACAUGACCUGGCACGACGCAGCAAAAGCAGCCCAGAAUCGUGUUCGUUGGAGGACUGUCGUCGAUGGCCUAUGUUCCUCACGGAACGACAGGCCUAAGUAA